GAAGGCGCAGUUUCCGGACCUCCAGAGCUUUGCAGAAGGCGAGGAAGAUAGCCAAGACAGCGCUGACGUUUCGAUGGCCGAGCCACCGGUAGCAAAAGCAUCAAGCACGACGAACCUCAACAAGCAAGCAAAUCUCGUGGCCAAGGAAGAUCGCCAGGUCGGGGCUGUCACGUCAGCAACGUACUUGACGUACUUUGCAUCGAGUGGCUGGAACGGGUACCUUGUGCUGGCGACGAUCACGAUCACGUUCUCGGUCGCGCAGACGGGGCUCUCGUUCAUGGACUGGUUCAUGGGCUACUGGUCGUCGACGCCGUCGAUGCUUCAGAGUACGGCGGCACCGUAUAUCUACUUGGGCAUUGCCGUUGUCUCGGUGCUCAUGGUGUGGGGACGCAGCUGGUACACGUUAGUGCUGGCCGUGCAGUGCUCCAAGCACCUCCACCAACGCCUCUUUGCCAAGGUCGUGCACGCGCCCAUCAACACGUUCUUUGAUGUGACGCCGAUCGGGCGGAUCCUCAACCGCUUCUCGAGCGAUCUGGACCAAGUCGACGGCCAACUGCCCUUCUUUGGCCUCAUGACACUGCAGUUCUUAUUCCAGAUCCUCGCGAUCGUGGUCGUGUGUGCGAUUUCGUCGCCGUUCAUUCUGCUCGUGUACCUUCCCCUCGCGCUCCUCUUCUACAAGAUCCAAGUGUACUACAACAAGACGUCGGCCGAGCUCAAGCGCAUGGACUCGACGACGCGGUCGCCGGUCCUCAACGUCAUUGCCGAGACGAUCAACGGCCUCUCGACGAUUCGGGCGUUUGGUAUGAGGAGCGUCUUUGCGGCCAAGGGCCGCGCCGCCUUGGACUACAACCAGCGCUUCUUCCUCGUCUACCGACUCGCGACCCGCUGGCUGCAGAUGCGGCUCGAUUGGCUCUCGGCGGCCAUCAUUGCUGGCGUUGCGUUUCUUGUCGUCGCUGCCGAAUCAUGGCUGGAGCUAUUGUCACCGGUGUCUUGAGACGUAGCAUCUCGAUAGCUGGUGUUGGCACCGAUCGUGUACUAUUACGAAGGCGCCGCCAUUGGUACACGGUGCUAUCGAUCUUCUCCGUGCAAAGCCGUGGUCCGUCGCACGUGGACUCAGAUGCACGCGGCGGUUUCGCCGUUUCCUCCGGCUCUCCUCGUGACAUGCACGGGUAUACAAACCUCAAGUGAGAGGACCAAUCACAAC